UUUUUCUAAGUUUUCCACCCGCUCCCAUCCUUUCCAUCACUUUUUAUUAGCCGCCUCCGCUCGCGGCGAAAAGCGCAGAGACCGCCUUCGUCUUCAUCUCUUUCCCAUUUCAUCUGUUCCAAUUUUUAUCCCCGGUUCUUGCUCGGUAUUAAGAGCAAUCUGGGAGGUCUCCGAGGUUCCAAUCCUUGAUCCAUUGCUUCGUCCUGGCGUCCGUCGUUUCGCUUCCUCAUUUUUCUUAUCUUUUAUCAUAUUUUUUUACGUUUUGAGGGCUGGGUCUAAGGAUUUUGGUAGCCGCCAGUCUCUAGAUCUCUGGACGCGGGUUUAGGAGGUCAGGGAAGAUAUUUGGGCGUCUAUUUUGAAAAGCAUCAGGUCGUGUAGAUCUCGGACCGUCUGAUCCGAAAUCGAUGGCUUUCAGCGGCACGCAGCAGAAGUGCAAGGCCUGCGACAAGACGGUCUACCUGAUGGAUCAGUUGUCCGCCGAUGGGAUCGCCUAUCACAAGUCCUGCUUCAAGUGCAAUCACUGCAAAGGCACCUUAAAGCUGAGCAAUUAUUCUUCACUGGAAGGUGUCUUGUAUUGCAAGCCUCAUUUUGAGCAGCUCUUCAAGGAGACAGGCAGCUUCAACAAGAGCUUUCAGUCACCUGCAAAGUCGGCUGAGAAGUCAAAUCCAGAACUGACUAGGUCUCGUAGCAAAGCUGCUGGCAUGUUUUCAGGAACUCUAGAAAAAUGUGCCACUUGUGGCAAAACAGCAUAUCCACUUGAAAAGGUGACUGUCGAAGGACAAGCGUAUCACAAAUCUUGUUUCAGAUGUUCCCAUGGAGGCUGUCCCAUUAGCCCUUCAAACUACGCAGCCCUUGAAGGUAUCCUCUAUUGCAAGCACCACUUCUCUCAGCUUUUUAAGGAGAAAGGAAGCUACAACCAUCUCAUCAAGAGUGCUUCCAUCAAGCGCACUGCGGCAUCCACCCCAGAUCUUUGAGUUCAUUCUGUUUACUGCAGUGGAUUCACACCUAAGCUUACCAUCCAUGUCUUUUUUUUUUGGAUGUUUUCAUCCUUUCUGAUUGUUCAAUUAAGGAAUUGGCAAAUUUGCAUUCCUCUGCUUUGUUAAUCCUUCUUGUGUGAAAUUUAUAGCUAUGUUAAACCUUAAAAACCUGGUAUUCCAUAUUCAAUGCAUGUGAUUUGUGUUUUCCAACA